AUGGCGUUGACCAGACAACAAUCAAGCGGCGCUGCAAACCAGCAGCCGUCGGUGAUGGAGAAGACACGCUCCGGUGCUGCGACGGCUGGCUUUUUUGCUGGAAGCAUGCCGGCGAAAACACGCGCAGCGCAGCGUAGGGGAGAGAGAGGAGGUGGAUGGGCACCCGACGCGUUCCUCCGGCAGCCGGAGCCAUGGUUCGUCUCACUGGUCAUCCUCGGCGCCAUCUACGCCGCCGUGGUCGCGUACCGCCUCUUCCACAUCUCCGGCCAGCCCAAGGACCUCCGCCGCCGCUACGGGGCGUGGGCCGUCGUGACCGGCCCGACGUCCGGCAUCGGCCGCUCGAUGGCGCUGGAGCUCGCGCAGCGCGGCCUCAACCUCGUGCCAGUCGGCCGCGACCCCGCCAUGCUCCAGGACAUCUCCGAGACCGUCUCCCGAACGCACGGCGUGCUGGCCAAGACCGUGCAGUUCGACUUCUCCCUCGGCUCCACUCCUCGAGGGGAUGAGGCGAUGGGGCGGCUCCGGGAGGCGGUGGCAGGGCUGGACGUCGGAGUCCUGGUGAACAACGCCGGGGUGGCCAAGCCGGGCGUGGUGUACCUGCACGAGGUCGACGCGGAGGGAGUUAUUUCUCCAAAACCACCACCUUAUGGGUUAGGGUAACAGAUCGGUACCUUAUUUGAAGCAGGGCACAGAAAACCAUCAGAAUUACGCCUAAUACGUAACGCGGAGCACUGAUUGUCUGAUUUACUUGCGAAGACAGCGAAACCGACAAGUCGGCCCCAACUGUCGGGCUGACAUGGCGUGCCUAUGUGGAUAAUUUGCUGAGGUGGCAAAAGGGUCCCACUUGUCAA